CUUAAAGUAUAUGUAAGAAGUGUUUGCGAACUAUAAAAGUUUAUAGGUUAUAUUUUUCAUACAUUGGCUAUACUAAAACCAACUUACAUGAAAUAAUACUAAGAAGCAAAAGAAAUAAUGCGGAAGAUUAGAAAAUCAAAAGUGAACGAAGCUAUUGAGGUACUUUGGUUAAAUAAACGUAAUGGAAUGAAGAAAAAAAUGAAAGAGGAAGAGGUAGAAAAAUCACAGGAUGCUCAGUGUAAAAUUAUAUAUCAUUAUAAACAAAAUGAGAGGUCAUACCCAAUAAGCUUCUCAAAAUACAAGAUUCUUUCUCAAAUAAAAUCACAUAUGAAUAAAAAGCAUUGGAAUAAAGCUAAAAAGUUACUGUUAUUAUUACUUUAUUCUUCUACUGAUAUUGAACCAUUGAUAUGGCGUUAUUGUUUUAUAUUGACAUUAUAUAGUAAUAUUGAUAAUUUAUCUAAUAUUUUUCAAUUUUUCAAAAUGUGUAUUGGUAGUUCAGAUUCUGAUAGGAAUUUAAUAUUGAAAAAUAUAUUGUUAUUAGAA